GCCGGGGUCAAGUUCUCUUUAUAGGUUGAAAUGUUCAGACUAAAAACAUUAAACUUAUUCGUUUGUAAGCUAACAACGUGUUAGUCAAUCUCUUUUAAAAUAAUCGCAGUAUGUAUUUUAAAUUUAUGAAUUUCCUGAUGCUUUUUCUUUGUCAUGGAAUCUCGACUGAAGACAAAAGACUCAAGCAGGGUUUGCCGAACGGAUUUCUUUCUGACUGUGAAGGAUCUACCAAAGAAGCAAUAAUAUCUAAUAAAAGCUUAAAACACUUACAAAUAGCAGUUCUAGGACAUGGAAACGCCUUAACAGCCAAGAAAACUAUAUACAACUAUCAUCAAAUGAAAGAAUUGGCCGCAAACAGUGACUUCUCAAAGAAAAUUUUCAUGUAUAUGCCUGGCUACAUAGACCACAUAAGUUUUCCAGUUUCACCUUUAAUGGGAAUUCAAUAUAAAAAACUUGGUUACAAUGUUUGGAUUCUAGAAUAUUCCGCGUUUUCUCUUUGGUUUUAUCCUGUCGCCGUUCGCUUACUACGACCAGUUGGCCUCCGGGUCGCGGAAAUGUUGGCGAACCUCACGAAAUACGGCAUGGAUCCGAAAAAGUUCCACCUCGCCGGCAUCAGCCACGGAGGGCAAGGCAUCAGCUUCAUAGCCAAAAGCUACCGCCAGAUCACAGGCAGGAAUCUAUCACAUCUCAUAGGCUUGGAUCCAUCUGGGCCUUGCUUCAGAAAUUUGGGCCCAGAACAUAGAUUGGAUAGCUCUGACGCGGACUUUGUCGAAGUCAUACACUCCAACAUAGAUGGCUAUGGUAUGCCGGGGAGAAUGGGGCACAUUGACUUCUACAUAAAUGGAGGGGAGUACCAGCCUGCUGACAUCCCCACUAUCCCCUGCGACGGUUUUUGCAGCCACGUCAAAACUUUUUUCUACUGGGUAGCUGCUGUGAACAAUCCGAAGUGUUUCAUCGCUAUGAAAUGUGAUAGUAUACAGGAUGCUAGGGACAGGAAAUGUUAUAACAGAGAACCGAUGGUGACCAAUUAUUUAGGGGAAUACGUGAAUAAAUCUAGACAAGGUAUAUUUUACGUGCCUAUACACUAUGAAUAUCCUUACUGUAUGGGCAAGAAAGGCUUGAUACUAGAAAAUAAUAUUUACAUUAAAGAUUUGACGCAGGCAAAUAAAGUCGAUGUGUUAGUUUUAUGAUUAUCAAAUUAUGUAGUCUAAUACUAGUAAAAGGUAAUCGGAUUAAAGGUUGUGGAAUGUAGUUAUUUUACAAGAGUUAAAUGUGCAAGUAAUGCGCCUAAGGGUAAAUUAACUUCAGUACUAAUGAACACAAUAAAGUAUAGCUGAUGCAAGCGAUU